AUGCAGCCUCAGAAGGGACAGAAGAGGAAGAGCCUCAAGCAGAAACUCACCUUAAAGAGCAGCCUUGCUAAGGAAAGUCUCUCGGAGUUCUUGGGCACAUUUGUAAUGGUGGUCCUUGGAUGUGGCUCUGUUGCUCAGGCUGUCCUCAGUCGAGGGCAUUUUGGAGGGAUUGUCACAAUAAAUCUUGGAUUUGCAAUGGCUGUGACAAUGGCCAUUUAUGUGAGUGGUGGUGUCUCUGGUGGCCACAUUAACCCUGCUGUGUCUUUUGCAAUUUGUGUCUUUGGACGGAUGAAAUGGUUCAAAUUGCCUUUUUAUGUGGGAGCCCAAUUCUUGGGUGCCUUUGUGGGGGCUGCAACCCUCUUUGGCAUUUAUUAUGAUGGACUUAUGUCCUUUGCUGAUGGAAAACUGCUCACAGUGGGAGAAAAUGCAACAGCAUUCAUUUUUGCAACAUACCCAUCUCCAUAUCUGUCACCAGCAAAUGCAUUUGCAGACCAAGUACUGGCCACCACAUUCCUCCUCAUGAUGGUUUUUGCCAUUUUGGAUUCUAGAAACAUAGGAAUCCCCAAAGGUCUAGAGCCAAUUUCCAUUGGCCUCCUGAUUAUUGUCAUUUCUUGUUCUUUGGGACUGAACAGUGGCUGUGCCAUGAACCCAGCUCGAGACUUGGGUCCCAGACUCUUCACUUUUAUGGCAGGUUGGGGGUCUGAGGUCUUCACAGCUGGAAAUAACUUCUGGUGGAUCCCUGUAGUGGGCCCUAUGGUUGGUGCUGUCAUUGGAGGACUCAUCUACGUUCUUUUCAUUGAAAUCCAUCACCCAGACCCUGAUACAGAAUUCAAGGCAGCAUCCUUGGAGGAUAAAUCAGAGAAACAUGAACUUAGUGUUGUAAUGUAG